GAAUAAAUUCCCGGACUCAAUCUUUGUGGCUGGUUUUCUUGUUGUUGGCUGCUCCGUUGUGAUUCUUUGAUGCCGCUUCGUCAAAUGCCACCACAAUGGCUGGGCAAAACGUUGAAGCUUGGACGCUUCUCUCAUUCGUCCUGGCUAUUAUUGGGCUGCGGACAUUUGUGCGCCUGAGAAGUGUUGGUUUCCGGGGAUUGCAGCUCGAUGACUACCUCAUGCCGGUGGCCGGUAUACUCGCCAUCGUCGACUUGGUAGCAGCGAUAUACGUGGUAUCGGCGGCCCAUGGCUUGACCAACAGUUACAUGACGGAGGAGCAGCGCGCCGCUCUCGACCCCGACUCGGAAGAAUAUGCACACCGUGUCCUGGGAUCCAAGAUCCAGGUUUUCGGGUGGACCUUCUACGCGGCGAGCCUGUGGUGCAUCAAAGGCUGCGUCGCCGUUUUCUACUCGCGGCUAACGACUAAGCUGGCCCACUGGCAAAUCUACGUCUACAUUGCGUACGCCUUCAUCGGCGGGACUUGGGUGAUCACCACGUGCAUCCUCCUCUUCGGGUGUCAGCCCAUGUCGAAAUACUGGCAGAUCUACCCCGAUCCUGGGAUCUGCCAACCCACCAACUCCAAACUCUACGUCCUCUCAGUCCUGAUCCCGGAUGUCCUCACAGACAUGUAUCUGCUCUCCAUCCCUCUGCCGCUCCUCUGGGCCAUCAACAUCAGCUUGAGGAAGAAGCUCUCCUUGACCCUCCUGUUCUCUGGGGUGCUCUUCGUCAUCAUGGCGGCUAUCAUCCGUGCAGUCGUCAUUCUUACCGCCGGACCCGACGGCGCCGUCAGUGGCAGUGAGUGGGCCAUCCGCGAGCAAUUCGUGUCCAUCGUCGUGUCGAACCUGCCGAUCCUGCACGCGCCGAUCCGGUCCUUCUGCAAGAAGAUCGGGCUGGGUGCGCUGUUCUCGACGCACAACACCACGAACACGCCCUACGAAGGCCGGACGAUCGGCGGGGGCGGAGGGAGCUACCCGCUGCGGAGCACCAAGGCAACCAACCGGUCCAACCCGAUCCGCACCGCGACGGCCUGGGACAGCGACGAGCAGAUCCUGUGCGAGAACGGCAGCGCGGCCGACCCGAGCAAGAACAUCACGGUGGCCCGGGAGAUCGCGAUCGAGUCGGAGGCCGGAUCGCUCAAGGAGCCGGCGGGAUGGACGGCCGCGGUGGCGAGCGGCGGGAACGCUCAGGGGAAAUCUCGAGGGGGCCAAUAAUGGAUUGGAUGGGUGAGAAUGCGUGUGGGUUCAGCGAAGUGAGUUUACAUACAACGUUAUUUGUAUUGACAGUACUAGAGAGCGCGCACCGGAGCAAAACGGGGCGCAGUCAACAUGGUAGGUAUUCUAAAAAUAAUCAUAUAUUCUAUAC